AACACUACUAUAUAACAAAUAAUUUGAGCACGUAUAAGAUGUAACAUUGUCAAAGACUGAUGCAGUAUGGAUAACAAUGGAAGUGUAAACACAUCAACAUGUGUUGAUGAUGAAAACUUAGAGCAAAAGCCUGGGCUUUGUAAUUGCUUUCUGGGCUGUGUUUUCUUGUCAAAGUCCCAAACAAACAUUACCAGCGGUGAGAAGAAGUUCAAGUCACAACUUAAAGAACUAACUGUUUACAUUUUGUUCCUCAUAACAUUAUCAGUUGUAAUCUACGGGACAGUCACUCCUUAUCAGUUUUAUUACACCAAGUCAGUAGAGAACCUUUUCAUAGACGGGAACAACAUCCAAACAACCUGGCAGGAUGUAGAAACCUGGGACAGUUUGUGGAGAUAUCUCCAAAACACUCUCCUAGACGGCAUCCACGACAACAAGAUCAACGACAAAGGGAUUUACAUUUACAACGAGAACAAGCUGCUGUCCUUGCCUCGUAUCCGGCAGUUGAAGAUAGGCAAUGAUUCGUGCGAGAUACCGCCAGUGUUCAGCAAUGUGUUGUUCAACUGUUACAGUGACUAUACAGUUGACGAGGAAGACAAGGCUACUUUGGAGUUUGUGAGUUACUACGCUGACCAGAGCAGUGACAGUAAGAUAUACAACGAAAAGCUGAACACCAGACCUUACUCCGGACAACUUGCUAGAUACGGACACGGUGGUUUCCAGCAGCUGCUAUCCACUGAUAAGAACAUUUCCAGCUUUAUUCUCCACGAUCUAAAGUUCAAUGGUUGGAUAGACAGGGGAACCAGGGCAGUGUUCAUUGACUUCACUCUGUACAAUGCUAACAUUAACAUGUUUUGUAUUGUGAAGCUAGUUGCAGAGUUCCUACCCACGGGCGGGAUUGCAACAUCUCAUGAGAUCCUCGUCCAGAAGCUUCUUCGUUAUGUUAGCACAAAGGACAAUGUCCUCUUUGGGUUUGAAGUGGCUCUUAUUGUUUUUGUGGUGUAUUACAUCGUGGUGGAGUCUGUUGAACUCAUGGUCUUUAAAAUGAACUAUUUCGUGCAGUAUUGGAACAUGCUAGACAACAUUAUCAUCAUCAAGAUACUGGGUUGCGCUGCUAUAAGUCUCUAUAGGAGUGUCACAAUCAACGACCUCGUCACUAAAUCAGGAACUGAAAUGGACACUUUCACCAGUUUUGAAACCAUUGCUUACUACGAGAGUAUCUACAACGAUCUGGCUGCCCUCUGUCUCUUCUUCUCAUGGAUAAAGAUAUUCAAGUAUCUGAAAUUCAACAAAACCAUGAGACAUUUCUCAACGACUCUUUCAAGGUGCUCAAAAGACAUCCUCAGCUUUGCCGUCAUGUUUUUCAUCAUCUUCUUCGCAUUUGCACAGCUAGGCCUGCUUCUCUUCGGUACAAUUCUCCGAGACUUUGCCACAUUCCACGACAGUACAUACACCCUGUUCAGGAUCAUUCUAGGAGACUUCGACUUUCUGGCUCUAGAGCAAGCCAGCACUCUGCUGGGGCCUGUUUUCUUCAUCACCUAUAUCUUUUGUGUCUUCUUCAUUCUACUUAACAUGUUCCUUGCUAUCAUUAACGACACCUACUCGGAGGUCAAAUCUGAGAUGAGCUCAGAAAACAGGCCUGAAUUGGAGUUUGGAGAUUACAUAAAGAAAACGUUGAGAGGAUUGUUUAGUAUCUGUGGUAAGAAGGGAGAGGAGGAAGAGGAGGGGGAGGAGGAGAGGAGCGAGGAUAUGAAGGAGUCACUGCCCCAAAUCAAAGUCCAGCCUGAUGGGUUACCUAGUGACGAUGAAGAUAGUGCGGAUAGUCUGUUUGAUGACGAGGAGAAGCCUCCGCGCAUGCUGCGUACUCAGGAGACUAACGCCUCCUUCCCACAGUGGGACAUCCAGUCUAACAUGGGAGAUCACUUCGGCCCUAGAGUGGCCUACAAGGGCCCCAGUUAUGAGGAGUUCAAGAUUCUGUGCAGGCGAGUUGACAGGAAUGACGAUGCUAUGGGCAGUGUUAUCUCUAAGAUAGACGCAGUUCUAGGAAAACUAGAGUUGCUGGAGAAGUCGUAUAAUAAAGGGGUGUACCCUGUUAUAGAGCAAAUACCAUUCCCAGAGGGACUAGAGGACGAACAAACUAUUCACAUUCCAGAUGAAACAGAUUUGAGGGGAGACUGGACCUAAUUCCUCAUGUAAAUAUUUGAUGUACAUUUUUAACGAAAUUUUAAGUUUUUAUUUAAGACACUGGUCACGCUAAAUUACUCCUUGAAACUCUACGUUGAAACUGUGAAAAUUAUUUAUUAUGCUCGAUAAUCUGAACGCCUAAAAUUUACUUUAAAUAUUAGGUUAUGGAACUGUGUUAAAAUUUAGAUAAAAUUUACAAAGUUUGAACUGUUACUGAAGUGUUACUGACAAAAUAUCUGACCUUGUAGUAGUUUGUAUUUAGUUUGAACGUUAUAGCUGUGAUUUAUUGUGAAUGUAUGAGUUAAGAAGAAGUGCAGACAAAAGCGCAGACCUCACGACCAUUUAACAGAUAUUUGAUUUCUCAGAGCUCCACACUUUUGUGAAUGAAGUGAGCACUUUGCAUGAUCUUCCAGAAGUAAUUGCUGUCUGAGAACACGUCACGUGUUACUCUUAACUCCUCUCAGUGGCUUAGCUUGUAGAUAAUUGUAGAUAGUUUAUUGUAAUUUUCCCGCAGUUUUAAAAUAUAUCAGUAACAAUGUACUUUAUAGUUCUACAGUUGUUUUUAAAGGCAGGUUGUGGGAAUUAGCUGAUUGAUAUAAUGGAGUCGCUUAGUCUGAGUUGAAGACUGCGUUUGAGACUGAACACUGCAUCUUAUAGUGCUUGUUUAAUUACACAAGUUUACUUGCUCUUCAGUAUUGUCGGAAUGCUACAAUCACUGGAAAAGUAUUCAGUUUAAUUUAUGUUAUAUUGCAAUAUGGUCGAACUUAAUGUGUCAUUUUUUGAAUAUCUCAACAUUUUUAUUGAAUCAUA